AUGGCCACCGAGGCCUCCAUCGCCCUGACCAACCGCUCUCUCCGUACCAUUCGUACUGAACUGGAAUUUCUCGCCGAUACCUCCAUCAUCUCCCCGGAACAGCUCUCCUCCAUCCUAGCACAACUACCGGCCCAGACGCCGCUACAUGCUCCUUUACACGCUCCCAUCAAUGGCGCCGCCAACACUCCUGUCGAUCAAUUCUCGAGCAUGAACUUGAAGGAGGGAUAUGCUCCCGUACCUACACCUGCGCCUCUCCCUCCUCCAGCCUACGUUCCACCUCCAAUCUUGUCGAUUGCAUCCGCUCUCUACGCAUACACGCCCACAGAUGCUGGCGACCUGGCGCUUCAACAAGGUGAUCGGAUACAAGUAUUGGAGCAUAUGAACAACGAUUGGUGGAGAGGUCGCAAUGAAAGGACCAACCUAGAAGGCAUCUUCCCACGAAGCUAUGUAAAUGUCAUCGAGGACCGCCGGCCUCCCAUGGUUCACUCACAGUCAACUGAGUACGGAAAUCUACCCCUCCAGAUCACUCAGUCUGGCUCUUCCAACGUCGGCCCAGAAGGUCGGAAAUACAGCAAGCUCGAAGAACAGGGCAAGAAGUUCGGCAAGAAGAUGGGCAAUGCUGCCAUCUUUGGAGCUGGAGCUACCAUUGGCAGCAACAUUGUCAAUGGCAUUUUCUAA